CCAAAUAUUAUUAACUGAGUAAAAACCCUAGAGGAAAGCUUACCUUCUUCUCACCGACUUCUAAAACCGGAAGACACUUUGGUUCCUUCGUCAGUACGAAAAUGGAGCUCUCCACAGUCACCACCAUCACUCACCUCCCUCCGACCACCAGCCGCCACGUAUAUCUAACGGGAAACACUUCCCCCGUGAGUCGAAUCUCACUCCCUCCCCAGGGAAACGUUCCAUCUCUCCGUCUUCAGUCCCACACGUUGCGAUGUGCGAGAAAGUUUCCAGGAGAAACAGUGUCUGAAGACACGUCAACGGGAGUUAAUGAGUUUGUUCUUGAGAAGCCUGGAGUAGUUGCAGACAAAGAGGAUAACUUUACUAGUGAAGCUCAAGCUGAAGACGAGCAAACUCAAGCCUCCUUAGAGUUCUUGAACGAUAUCAAGCUGGACUCAGACAACACUUAUUCAAUCGUUCUCUAUGGGUUUGGUGGGAUACUUGCUAUCUACUUGACUUCUGCAAUCGUUGGUUCACUCGAAUCAGUCCCUCUGUUACCUAAGCUGAUGGAAGUGGUUGGUCUCGGAUACACACUCUGGUUCACUACACGUUACUUGCUAUUCAAGAGUAACAGAGAAGAACUCAAGACAAAGAUUAGUGAAAUCAAAAAGCAAGUUCUUGGCUCUGAUAGUGAUUGAGUAUUUCGGUUUUUUUCUUUUGUUUUUGCUUGCUUGCUUGUGUAGAAUGAAAAAGAAAACUUGUUUGCCUUCCCACUGAACUGUUGUUAGGAAAAAAUAGUUGGUCGUUGUUUUUUGGUUCAGAGUGUUGAAGAACAUCUUUUGAUACAUAUAGAAGAGUUUUUAGAAAAUGAAUGUGGUGGAGUGAGGAAAGGAAGAUUACUUGUUUAA